GACUGGUUAUGUGCAAACAUAGUGGUGGUGAUGGUGCUGCUGCUGAACCUGUGCCUAGCCUUUCUCUUCAUAAAUCUUGUGAACAACGCCGGAAAGUUAGGUCCUCCAACAGCGCAGGUGACAGAGCUCUCACCGGAGGAGAAACGCGCUGCCGCUAGCGCCGCCGCUGAGGCUGUGCAAAAAGCGCUUCGUGCUGCCAAUGCAGCUUCGCGCUCUGCAACUUCGUCAGUCUCCCGGCCAAAAAGCUAA